AUGCCUCCCAAGCGCAUCCAAGUUGAGCCUCGCGGUCGCCGUGCCCCCAAGGGCUUCAUCGGCUCCACCUAUGACGCUCUUACCUCUCCCGACAACGCCGCUGUCGUCCGCAGCAUUGCCAUCUUUGGUGCUGUUGUGACAUUCUUGUCUAGCUCUUGGGGCGAGAUCCUUCUGCCUCCCCAGUAA